UUGAAAGGCUGGAUUCUUAGAGAGGCAGGAAAUGGGGGAACAGGGGGAUGUCAAUAGUGGGAGCAACUUCCUGCCUUGCGUUCCCCCCACCCUCCACGAAAUGUUUCUGCAAAAGCGGCUUGUGAAUGCUGUUUGCCAGAAGCUGCAGGCAGGGUAAGUGGUUUGUCAUCCACCUGCUUCUGAAUGACCUUUCUGUGGGCGGGGAAUGAGGCAUCUCUGAAGGAGCCCUUCUGAACCCCCUUUUGUGUGGACACAGCAGCUCUGGUUCCCAGCGGCGUUGCGGGACGUGGGCAAGAGGCCUCGGGCUAAGCCUGGGAGGCGGGAUGGCGGUGGAGCAAGCAGAUAGGUCUCCUUCCCUGACUCUCCAGCUGCAGGCCGUGCCGGAUGAAAGCAAGGACCCAGAGAUGAAGAUGGAGCCAGAGGUGCUUCAGGGCCUCAAAGAGGCAACAGGGGCAGGAGACAGCUCCCCAGACUCCCAGUCAGCGGCCAUCGGGGUCCCCAAAUGCUGGGAAGAGCUGCAGCGCGUUAAGCAGGAGCCAGGUGAGGGUCUGUCGUCGCUCCGCUGGGAAGCCCAGUGGCAGGAAUUCCUGAAGGCGGUGCAGACCCCUCACUCUGGCGAGGGCAACCCACAGCUGCCAGAAGCCGUGCCGUGGGGUGAAGGCAAGAAGGCACUGUCACGCUGUGAGAGGGCAGAGGCCAUCAGCCAGAGGACUCAAGAACAGAGCCAGGAUGGGGUCCUUCCUUUCAACAGAGCAGCCCAGCAGGCUGAUGGGAGGGCGGGCGCCACUGGCGAUGUCGGACCAGCGAUAAAGAUGGAGUCCGCCAGCGCAGAGGCCCAGCGUCGGCUCUUCAGGCAGCUCUGCUACCGGGACGCCCGGAGUCCUCGCGAGGUCUACGGGCGGCUCCGGGAACUGUGUGCGCAGUGGCUGAAGCCAGAGAGGAGCACGAAGGAGCAGAUCCUGGACCUGGUGAUCCUGGAGCAGUUCCUGGCUGUCCUGCCCUCGGAAAUGGGGAGCUGGGUGAAGGAGCGAGGCUCGGAGAGCUGCGUCCAGGCCGUGGCCCUGGCAGAGGAAUUCCUCCUGAGGCACCAGGAGGCGGAGAAAGCGGGAGGGCAGGUGCCAGGGGCCUUCCAAGAGGCUGCUGUGACCUUCGCUGGAAAUGUGGAGGCAUCGCCGGAAACCACCCAGAGGCAGCUUGGUGGGGAGUUCAAGCGGGAAAAUGAGGGGGUCUCCAGCGUGCUGGGUAAGGGCUCACCCCCCGCCGUGAAUUGUCGUUUCAACAGGUGACAGGGACCAGUGUGCUACUGGUGGAGAACUAUUCUGGGUCCCGCAAGGAAGAGCGAUGGGUCAGGAGCUGGA